UCUUCAGUGAUUCAAAAGUGAAAUUAUGAAAUGAUAUUGUGAUGUGUUUACAAUUUAUUUGAAGUUGAUUGAUGUUUUUGAAAGUAAAUUGAAUUAUCGAUUUAUCGAUGACAAAAAUCCACUUCAUUCCACUAUCAUGGCUUGCAUCUACGACACGGAGACGAGCAGAUAAAGAGUAAGAAGAAAGAUGCGUGAAUUUUAAAGAAAAAAAUGAGUAAAAUUUGAGGCCUCAAAGCUGGGCCUAUUGUACGGCAGUCUCUUGAAUCAUAGUCGCUGAGUUCACUCACCAUGGCCCUGCCAGCGACUGCAAGGAGUGCUGGCGUCACCAACGAGUUUUGUCACGCACAUCACCGCAAACGAAGAAGGCUCCACAAAAUUAGAGUCCCAACAAGACUACAUCAGAAGUCUGCAAGCAACAUAAGUGGCAGCGAGACUCCCUCAGCCCACAAACUCGAUGACAUCAAUGAAGAACCUCGGGAACAAUCACUGCGGCCAAAAAAUGGCUUAGCUUGCUGUGUGCAAUCGUCGGGACAAUGGAGUGUUAUGAUGUUCGUACUUACACUCUUCCUGGCACUAAGCAUUCAGACACAAGCAGAAAACCAAGUGGAGCAGGUGAGAGGCAGCACAGCGGAAUUGCCUUGUAAGGUCCCAAUCUUUCCGAACACCACAAGCCUCCGUGUUUUGUGGUAUAAAGAUAACAACGGGAAAGCUUCAUACGUAUUCAAAGCUGACGGCUCCUUGCAAGACGCAGAGCAGACGGUUGACGGCAGCGUGUGGGGAGGUGACAGAGUUACCUUCCAGCCUCUACACAGCCCGCCUGCUCUCUUCAUCGAAAAUGUUGUAAUUGGCGACGAAGCGCUUUACAGAUGCAGGGUGUUCAUCGGUGCAUCGCCAUACAGUGAUGCCACUCGCCUAAGAGUCCUUGUGCCACCGGACCCCCCGACCAUCCUGAACGCGGAAGGCGUUGCAGUGAACAGCAGCAGCGUCGCCUUCAACGAGGGCCAGACCGCUGACCUCACAUGCCAGGUCACCGGAGGCGUGCCGCCCCCUUUCGUAAACUGGUACUGGGACCAAGAAUUGCUGGACGGCGACCAUGACACCGAGGCGACAGGCGUGGUGCGCAACAGGUUGCUCUUCGGACCACUCACACGCAACCACUCCAACGCUCGGCUGGUUUGUCACGCACAGACACCAAAACUCAUCAAACCACUCAACACCGUCUUCUGGGUCAACAUUAGAUUCAAGCCGACUUCGGUGCAGAUCGUAACCAACGAGACGCCAAUGGUAGUGGGCGAGUCUUACCCUCUGCAGUGCCAGACGGUGGGAGCGUUGCCCCCUGCCCGGCUCACUUGGUGGUUGGAUGGACAGCAACUCGACAAUUCAAGCCAAAAGAUUUACAACCAGAUAUCAGAAGGAGACAACAUGACGCUCUCGACGUUGGUCCUCAUCCCAGUCAUCCAGAACAAACACAAAGAGCUUCAGUGCCGCGCAGAGUCUCCCGUCAUCAGCCACGCCCCUCUCGUAGACUCGCGUCGUCUCACCAUCCAUUACAUGGGGUCGGUGGAGCUGGAGAUAAGAGGGCACGACGUCGAGAGGGGAGUCGUCGAGGGCGCCGACGUCCUAAUGACCUGCAAUGUGGACGCCGACCCUCCAGCGCGCCUCAUCCACUGGUACCAUAAGGUUGGGCAAGAUAUUCGCAAGCUGGAGGGGGUGGAGGGGGCGGAGCUGUCGCUGUCCGGCGUGUCGCGUAACCAGUCCGGCGUAUACACCUGCGUUGCUACCAACAGCGUCAGAGUGGGGCACAGUAAUACUGUCGUCCUUCAGGUUAACUAUAAGCCAACGUGCAGAGAUUCAGGCCUGCAGUUGGUGGGCACGGACACGUACGAAAAAGUCAAACUUGGCUGUCGCAUUAACUCGUCGCCAGACCCAACAUCGUUCAGAUGGCAACUAAAAACAGGCAGUCAAUCCAUUGAUAUGCCAGAAAGACAAUUCCAAGUUAUGGAUCAGCUCUCAAUUUUGAGCUACACGCCAAAAACUCCUAUGGAUUAUGGUACACUAUAUUGUUGGGCUAAAAACCUAAUCGGAGAGCAAGAGAUGCCGUGUAAAUUUGAACUUGUAGCUGCCGUGUUUCCAUCACCACUCGCUAACUGCUCCUCGGCCAACAACGACACCCAUACCGUGGUUCUUGAGUGCCUCGGUGGCAGCGAAAAUGGCUUGCCAGAGAUAUAUGUAGCCGAAAUCUACGACAUCACAAGUGAUCGUUUGCUUCGAAAUAUUUCCAGCUCCUCGCCAAUCUUCAUUAUUGAGGAACUUGACCCAGGAUCUGGCUACACCAUCGCAGCCUAUAGCAGCAACAUCAGAGGAGCUUCUGAGAAACUCACGGUCCACGCGUUCACUCAGCCUCUACUGAAAGCAAACAUCGAUUUGACUUCGAUCCACGUAUUGCCAAUCACGCCUAUUCUAGGGAUCCUAAUCGGCGUCGGGGCAGCGGUGAUCCUCAUGGUUAUCGUCGUGAUGGUCAUCAUGAAACUCAAGACUAACAAAUCAACGCAGAAAUCUAAAUUAAAAUGUAGCGAGACCCCAAUAUUGAAGCACGGCGAUGACAAGGAAUGCAGCAAAAAGCCACUGGGACCAGACGAGGGUGUAUCCAGAGGUGGCAAGCAGACUGUGAUCAACUUCCCACCCGCACCUCCCGUAUCCUCCGGCACUCCAGACGUUGCGAAAAAGAUUCAUCCUGCGCCAACUCUGCCGAGACCUGAUGCCCCUCCUGCAGAAGUGGAGUACGCAGAGUUGGAGUUUGUCAACGACAAGAAAGCAAAGAAAAAGAAGAAAAAGGCCAAAAAGAAAAAGGAUAUGAAGGAUGAAGAGACAGAAUAUGCCUCAAUAGACCACGUUAGGACAAGGCUCGCUGAUCCUGAAUACCUCGCUCAACAGGAAAAACAUCGUCAACAGAACGAGGACAUAAAAGAUCUUCCUCCAGCCGACGCCUCCUUGCAGCCUCUCCUCAAGCCUGCCGGAGCCGCACCCCCGAGCGCGACAUCGCAAGCCAAUAGGAGUCUCGAUGCAGACGAUAGAGGACGGCUUAUUAUGCCUGAAGGUGCACUGGAGAGCAGCGUCUGAAAAUAUUGUAGCUUGGAGUUUGCUUUAAAAAGUGUGCUAGGACUUUGGGUCUAUUUCUUGUGUGAAGUAUCCAACAGAAUGUUAGUUGCUUCUUGUCUGUCGGAGCUAAUAGUGACGCUUUCAUGGGCAUAACUGAAGAAUAAAAGACCGAGUUUGUACUGCAGAUUCAGAAGGAUAUUUAUUUAUAGAAUGCAAAUGUCAAGAGGUCCCAAACAAAUUCCUAAUGUUCACACGGCAGAAAAAUUCGCUAAGGUCAAUUUCUCUUUUACCUUUUGAUUAACGGCAGGGUGAUAAAUUAAAAAUCAAAUUAUAUAGUGAUAUUCAACACUUGAGUUGCUUGGUAAAAAGUUUAAAUUAGAUUAGUUGAUCAGCUCGCUGCGGUGGAAUUUGUUCCUAAUGCAAAUGUGCUGACCAAAAAUUUAGACUACGAUUAGUAAAUUUAAGCAAAGGACAGUAAUGUAUUAUAUGUUUAUUCAAACUUUUGAGGCUGCACAUAAAUCAGAAAUACUCAAAUGAAGUGAUCGCAAUUCUGCACCUACUUCUGUCGAAUUGCUUCUACUUCUUUUAUGUAGAUACUUUUACUGAUUAUGAUAAACAAUAGAUGAAUAUUGCUUUAGUAAAAGAAGCCUCAAUUAUUUCGUCGAUUUGACAGUGAAAACUGUCAAAUUUAUAAUCCCAUAAACGUCAUGAUGAAUGUAACUUUUUAUCUCUCAGAAAUUUCUUCAAGAAACAUGAUCGCGAAGCAUUCCUUUUAACUUGCGGCAAUACGUUUUAUGAAAUAAAUGGUCAGGUAAUCCGAAUGUUCGAGCCGAAUUAGAUUAAUAUCUAUAUCACAGCAUUUUGAAAAAAAAUGUACCUAAAAUAAACUGUUUAAAAAGCAUUGAUUCUGAGAGAAAAUUGAAUUGACGUGAAACAUUUCCAUCGAACACAGACAUUAAUUAUUCUUUAGAGAUAUAACUUUACUCGAAGUUAUUCUGUCUGUAUUUGUUUAUUGUAAUCCUGUCUCCUUUAUUUGCAUGUUUUCCGGCUUUAAAACACGAAUAAAAUUAUAAUUCGACGAUUAUUGGUUUAAGUAUACGUAAGAUAGUUUUAUUCUUACUGCGAAUGAUGCCGAUCGCUUGAAGCGACUUUAUUUUUUCCGUUAGCUUUUGUGAAUAUAUUUUCCAUUUGUUCAAUUAUGAGCUGAAGAAGUAGUCAGAGCGCCUGGUUCGUCCUUGAACUAAUAUAUUUUGAGGUCCUAUCAGAAUUAGAAUGCUUUAAUUAUAAGCCGAAGGUCGGACUUGCCUAGUUCGAGGCACCGAAUUAGAAUUUAAUAGACAUGCCUGUGCUUGUUAGUGAACAAAAAUGGUUAUGUCUUUAGGUGUACAGUUACUUAAUUAAGGAAGAAAAUUUCAAACUAGAAAGGGAUGACAUUCUUCUAGAGUAUUGGUCCUCGAGUAUUAAAUAAUCUAUUUUUACCCAAAUUAUUUGCAUUAUCAAUUGAAUGCAAAUAUUUCAAUGUAGAGUGAACAUUGCAGUUCGACUGUCUGAGACUAAAUAAUAAAAAAUCAAAUCAUU